GACCGGAAAGCCAGCGGAAGGCCUCGGCCAGAUGACCAACAACUACAACGUUACCUGUUAGCCUACCUAACAGGUGACGUAGCUUAACCUCUGUAACCUCCACGAAACUUCAAGGACAACGUUCCCUUCUUAGUGGCCAUCGAGGUGACUCGCUCACCGGCUGUUGGACUAGUUUUUGCCUGAUAUUCACGGCGAAAUCGGAAGGAAGAUGGAGUUCGCGAGCCCCCAAGCUGUGUAUGCUCCUACUCCUGACAUUCAUGGCAUUAUCAAUCUUCCUGUCGCCUCCACUUUCGACUACCUCACAAAUCUCUACGUUCUGGGAACAUUGCUGAUUGUGGUGAUAGCUAUGUACACGAAUCUCUUCUCGUGGGUGAGGCAGCGUCGGGACGAGAGGAAUCUUAAAGACUUCGGUCAGGUUGUGGAUGAUGUGAAGAAAGGUAUGUUCCGCCGGGUAAAGAAACUUCCGUGUAACUAUGAGGCUACUGCCAAACCCAAUGAGCAGGAGUUGGGAACUGAGCAGGCUGUAAGCAAUCGCCAGGAGUUUACCAGGACGGUGUUCGACUGCAGAGACUGGAUUCGUGCCCUCGGAAUGUUGGAGUUUCUGGUGGCGACUGGAGGGUUUUACGGGUGCCAGAACACUAUCCAGGCGCUGUGGCUUUCUUCGUCACAACCCAUCGUGCCAGAGGUGGUGAGGCAGGCCAUUACUUCUGUUGCAGAGAAGACUGAGGUGCUGCAGCUGUGUGUCAGAAGGCGAUGGUUCUGGCCCUGGUUCUGCCGGAGGACAUAUAUCAAAGUUCCCUUUAAAGUUGAGUAUGGGGACGUGAUGACGAUAUACUACAAGCUCUUGGGAACUUCUUACAACAUGUUUCAAGGGCCAUUAUGGAGGGCACGGCUAGUAUCCCUUCCGCAAACCAGUGUAACACGUUACGAAGCGGUCUUGAUGUUCACUGUCCACCAUUGCAUCACAGAUGCCUUCACAAACAUGAUCAUAUGCCGCGAGACGCUGCAGGUACUGAAUGCUGCCAUGACUGGACAUGUCUACGAGCCUCCUUUCCGUGCGUUCACUCCCUUUAUCUGCGACAACCUGACGACCAAAAGCGACUGGCUACCUGCACUUAAAUUUGCGUUAUACAAACUAUACAGUCCUACCCUUGGCAACUUUAAUAAAAACGUUUAUUUUCAUGGCACUAUUCCGCAACCAAAGGUCAAAACUGCUUCAACGAGUAUUUUAUAUCAAGAUUUGUCUGUUGGAGCUACACGGAACUUGCUAAAAUACUGUAAGGAGGAAGGUGUUACUGUACAUUCCUGCAUCAUGACUGCAGCUACCUUGGCAGUAUUCCAUUCGGCUCAACAGCUCUCAGAUGUCGAUCUUGAACCAGCCACGAUCAAAGUUAUGAACUGUGUAAAUAUGCGUCGCUACUAUCCCCGUGAGUAUCGGGAAGCGACUGGCUGUCAUAUCUCUGUAGAGGAGCAAGAACUCGUUAUUAAUGGUAGUGAUGGCAGUAGUAAAAUCAGCUUCUGGUCAUUGGCUAGACAGUCUCAUGCUAGCCUUCAGAAAAGCCUCCUUGUUGACAAAAACCCUAUCAGGAACUUGCUUGGCCUUUUGCCCUGUUCACUACUGAUUCCUGGUAAUUACUCGUUGACUCGUAAUGGCCGCAGGAAUCUAAACGACAGCCACAUGAUUACCACCAACAUGGGGGAUCUGCGUGACCUGCUACCAGCCCGAUAUGACCAUGGCCCAGUGGAAAUCACCAAACUUCUGCGCUGCGUGUCGGAUGAAUUGACAGGACACCCGUAUACCCUUAUCUUCCACACUUUCCGAGAUAGAUUAAAUGUGACACUUGAGUAUUACUCUAACAAGAUUGCUCACGAUGAUGCUGCACGGUACUUCUCCAUCCUUACCAACUUCAUAUCAGACCUAGCUGAACAUGGCUCUGUUAAUUUACCCAAUGAUCGCAAGGUCAAGACCAAAAAGAAUAAAUUAAUCUAGAUGUCUCGGAAAUCUGAAUGUGUGAAUUAAGUUUAUCCAUUCAUCAAAAGUUGAAGUCACGAAUCAGUAUUACCCCCAAAAGACACAAAACCCUUGCAUCGUUUGAUGUUUUCUCUUUGAUGUGAAUGUACCUGUGAUAUAUAUAUUUGUUGUACUUAAUAUUGAUUAUAUCGCUGAGCUGUGUAAUUCAUUCCUAUACUGUAUUGUUAGCCAGUGUGUAAUGGCUGUACAGACUGGCUGAGUUUAUAUAAGCAUUGAUUUCGAAGCAGCCUCGCUCUUGGUUUUAUUGCUUAUUGCAAUUACCUGUGUAAAACUAAAUGCUAACCAUCAUGGACUUU